CGCCGAUAUAGAUAUCCUUGCGUCAACGACAUUUCCCGCAAUCGCAAACCGACGCAAACCUGGAUCAACCAGCCGCAACCCAGCACACAGCACGCAGGCUUGGAUCACAGAUCAGCUUGACAGAGCACAGAAUGACCACUUCAGAUGCAUUGCAGACUGCCGACCAGCUCGAGCAGGAGCUACAAUCUCUCGAACUGGUCAAAGAAUUGCGGGGAAAGGUCGACCCGUCCGACUUGCAGGGAUGGUAUGAAACACGUCCAGCGAGUCGAUCACUGAGUCCUCACUCGCUCAUGGUCACAACCCUCCGUUCACCGUCCUUGAUCGCCAUACCUCCCCUUGCGUUCGCCCGUUGUGACGAAUCCGCUGCCGUCUUGAUCUACCAUCUAGGAGAAUCCCUGUGUGGGCAUGAAGGAAUCAUCCAUGGAGGGAUCAUUGCGACGAUACUAGACGAUUCGUUGGCUAGGAAUGCUUUCCUGAGCUUACCCUCAAAGACAGGAGUGACCGCUUCGUUGAACAUAUCGUACUUGAAGCCGACUAAGACGAAUCAGUUCAUCGUCGUACGCACUCAGCUGGAAUCUAUACAGGGCAGGAAAGCUAUCGUCAAUGGGCAGAUAGAAGAUCUUGCCGGGAAUGUUCUCGCUAAAGCUACCGGCCUGUUCAUCGAACCGAGAAACGCUCAGGUAUUGAGCGAUAGCCGAUUACUGGCGAUCUGGGGAGAACGACCGUCAAUAUCGACCAACGACACAACAGAGACCACAGACAGCGCUGGUGGAGAUACAGACGGGAAGAUAGACCCGGUCGUUUAAGAAGCGAGAAAACACCAUGCAAAGUCUAGGGGAGCGAGAACGCGAGAACCCCUCAUCUCUUGAUCGACUCUGCCGCUCAAAGGGCUGCGUUCUCGUAACCUGAAGAUCGGGGCGCCAAUAUUUC